GACAACAGGCGCAGGAAGUGGCGCGCAACGGUUGAAAAUCGAUCAUACAACAAAUUUCGACAGACAUAUUUGAAGCUACUGAACUGGCGCGUCUAUUUAACAUUUAAACCAAUUUGAUUGCAUAAGAAUAAAAGGCGAGUUUGUUCGGGAAUAGCAACGGCGUCCUCUCAAAAUGUCGUUUGUGAGAGGAGGGUGUCGACCGCAACAAAACAAGGCGAAAAAGACUGUUGUUCGCCACAAGAAGACAGCCCCUCUUCCCAAAAGAGAAUGGGUGAGCACUGUCAAUGACUUGUCUGUGCACAAGCUCACGCCUUUAGAGCUGAAUCAUCGCCACGAGAUCCACAAGUCCCGCAACAAGGUUGCCGCUCAGUGGGAGUUGAGAGAGAAGGCUAUAAAAGGCCAUCCUAUUAGGCAGGCUGGUUCUAGUCCAGGUCCCCUAGAUGAAUCCAGUCUCACAAUCUUAAGAGAGGUGUUUGCUGACAAGCUACUGCUGCAGGAUGUGCUGGCCGGCUCUGACAGAGCCAUGGCUCUGGUCAAGAACAUAUUUGGAGAUGCUCCACGCAAGCAGACAGGACAUCCAUGUGUGACCAUGGUUCCGAGCUCUGACUUGCCUCCAACUCAGCUGUCACUUUUCGGCGAGUCUAUGCUGGAUCAACAGGUUGUCAGUGAACCGGAGGAUGACUACGACAAUGAUGACACUUCCACAACCAGCCUAAUCCAAAGGAAAAUGAAGGCAAAGAAUAAGGUGGCAGGGGUUCAGCGCCAAAAGGUCCGUCGUGGUAUAUCCGAACAGACAUUUAGUAGCCCUCGAACUCCUUGUACAUCAGCCAGAGUUCCAGCACUAACAGCUCUCAAUGCCACAUUGGAAGUCCAGCGUUUAAGAUCCAGACAGAAUCAGUCACUGGAAACCCAUGAAGAGCCUUCCUUCCUGUCUCCGAGGCAAUCAGGCAGCUGUCGUCCCGCCAGGACCAGGAAGCGUGUCUGCAAGCCCACCGAGCUGAACGGCUCCUCCGUUGCCUCUCUUAGUGGCGACCAGUCAAGUCUGGGCCUGCUGCAGGCCUUGUUGGGUCAAGUGGAGGGAGACUUGAAUUGUCUGAGUCCAGAAACGGGGCCGGCAUCGAGACAGAGUCAGCAGACAACGCACAGCCUCACUGGCUUCUCUGUGGCUUUGGUCUCCACUCUGGGACGCUUGGUGCACCUCCUCAAAAAGCGGCAAGAGGAAGCUGAGAGUGCGGCUGAGGAAAGACGUCAGCUGGAGGAGAAGCUGAGAGAGCAGCGAGGCCUGAUUGACGCUCUCACUGCUGAGAGCAUGACUCUGCGAGAGGAGGCCACCUCCCUGCAGGUAACGCUGCAGCAGCAGACAGCAGAGCUGGAGAGGAAGUUGGACUGUGUGGCCUUGGCCAUGGCUAUGCACAUCAAGUCACCUCAAGGCUCUGAUGUCAUCGCUGCAGGCUCAGCCUCUGUUCAACAGCCUGUUGCUGAGCGACCACUUGUCGCUCCUCUUCCUGUUGUCCGCCUCUCCUCACCUGGACAUGGCGACUUAUCGUGCCGAAUUCCUGACACUCAUCCUGGUCCGUUGCAUCAAGAUGCCUACAACAAACUCGGGGCUCACUGCUCAGCGUCCAAUCUCACAAGCCUGUCUUCCUCGUUGUCACUGACUUCUAACCCUCACUUGUCUCUGGAAGCCAUGGAGGCUGAGAUUACUGAGCUCUGCAAACUUAAUGAUGUUAUCAAAGCGCAAAUUAGCCAAGAUCGGGCUGCCAUUUCGGGUGUUGGAGGGCUACUUGGCAGUGGCGAGGAGCAGGGAGGUUUGAUCUCUAGCAGUGCAGGCAGAGUGACACCUCAAAGUGUCAGCGCAACCGCUGCCACACCCAGUCAACACAUCAAGCAACAGGGGACACCUACCAGUAACAUGCUCAGCGUGAGCAUUGUGCAACAGCGCCUCCUGGAGCUCAACAAGCAAAGCGCCGUAGCCAGAGGCCGGCUGCUGGAGCUGAUUGAGCAGCAGAAGCACAAUGUCUCUGCCAAGGUGUCCCCAUCUGCCUCCCCCAUCCCUCCGUCGGCCUUCAGCCCGCAGCCGGAAGCAGGCAGAGGAAGCUCUGAUCGAUCCUUCCUCAUGCCCUCAGAGGAGCCGCUGUCCAAAGUUGCAGCUGGUGACAGAGGAUCAUCUGGCUGUGAAGUGUAUUCUCAGCAUUAUGAAGAAGCAGGGAGGAAUGUAAGCACACAGAAGAUGGACAAGCGGAGAGUGCCGGGGGGCUGGUUUGCUCUGUCCACUCAUACAGAAUAAGGUGAUGAGAAGAGGAGCUAAAAACGUUUUUAUCGCUCGUUUUAUUUGGCCUAAAUAAAAGUGCUUUUAAAAUUGCUACCAAUUUUUUAAACUAACAACUAUUUAUUUGUUAAAUUGUGGUUCGGAGGUCAGCACAUGACGUACAGUAGGCCUACUGUAUGUGGUUCAAAUACCAAGCAUCCAGUAUACCCUCUAUACCAGUGGUUCUCAACUGGUUUGGCCACCAUCACCCUUCCAUGACAAGCAGAUUAAAUGCACAUAUUUUACAACUCAAAUUUCUCAGUACAUACUUUUAUUAUGGUUUUAUUUGAUGGUACGUCUGAGAAUUGUAUCAGAGCAACUUGAUUUGCGCAUGGAUGAAAGGCCACACAUCUUCAAGAAAAUCAAGUUGCACUGAUUCAAGUCUUCAAAUAAACCCUCUUUUGGGUCACAACCCACCAGAUGAGAAUCACUGAUCUAUACAAUAAAGUCACUCGGCUCGGAAGGGGUUGAGAGAGGACGGUGCACCACAUUGUAAAGCCAGUAGAUGGCAGCAUUUAUUUAAGAAGUCUUGAACGAGCGCUCGUCACUCAACUUAGCUAUUGAGUUUAAGUUUUCAUUAUGGUGUCUAUUGUGUUUCUAAUAUUUUGUCGUGCAUAUAAAAGUAGCUUGUUAGCUGUCUUCUCCUCUUGAUGCACUCUGUGUUGUCCAGCUAGAAAGGUGCUGCUGGAGUAGGAAGGAAGGAUCUUGAGGUGGUGCAGGUGGUUGGGAAGUGAGGGUACCAAAAGGAGUAAAUAUUGUAGAUAAUACCAAGAUGAUGGUGGCAUAAACAUAAAGGAGCGGGGGCCAAGGGGUCACCACAGGGAGGCGGGCGGAUCUUAUUGUGUGCAAACGGGUUGAGUGAAGGAUGUAGUCGAAUGGGGAUUAACCCCACCCGAGUGCCUCUCAAUGCCCCCACAAUUACCACAGGGACUCAUGUGGUUGACCCCCUCCCAUCACCAAUAAAAUACCACAACG